GGAGCUGUCUGAGAGAAGUGCUGCCACUACUUCAAGUCUUCACGGGGUUUUAAUGGAGUCGCCGUGCACGCAGACGCGCUGUUGACUGAACAUCGACAGAGGGAAACGGACCGUCGACAUGUCGGAGGAGAACAACUCUCCGGAUGGGAAUGGCAAGGUUAUUCGGGUCAUCCGGAUCGGAACCCGCAAAAGUCAGUUGGCCCGCAUCCAGACUGACAGUGUGGCGGAGAAACUGAAAGGCCUUUACCCUGAACUCAACUUGGAAAUAGUUGGCAUGUCUACGACAGGAGACAAAAUCCUUGACACCGCUCUAUCAAAGAUUGGAGAGAAGAGUUUGUUCACCAAAGAGCUUGAGACUGCUCUGGAGAGGAAUGAGGUUGAUCUGGUUGUUCAUUCACUGAAAGACCUUCCCACCACUCUGCCUCCAGGAUUCACCAUUGGAGCUGUGUUGAAGAGAGAAAAUCCCCAUGAUGCAGUGGUUUUACAUCCAAAAAAUGCAGGGAAAACUCUUGAUUGUCUGCCAGAAAACAGUGUCAUCGGCACCAGUUCACUGCGCCGCGCUGCUCAGCUGAAGAAGAGAUUCCCCCAACUCGUGUUCAAAGACAUCCGUGGAAACCUGAACACACGUCUGAAGAAGCUGGAUGAGAAGGAGGAUUUUGAUGCCAUCAUCCUGGCUGCUGCUGGCCUCAAGAGGAUGGGCUGGGACAACCGGAUCAGCCAGAUCCUGGAGCCUGAAGACUGUAUGUACGCUGUUGGACAGGGGGCUCUGGCAGUGGAGAUUCGGGCCAGAGAUGUAGACAUCCUGGAAAUGGUGUCCGUCCUUCACGACGCUGAAACUGUGCUGCGCUGCAUAGCUGAGAGAGCCUUCCUCAAAAAGCUGGAGGGUGGGUGCAGCGUUCCAGUGGCUGUGAACACCGAAGUGAAAGACUCCCAGCUCUACCUGACAGGAGCAGUGUACAGCCUGGACGGAUCAGACAGUCUGAAGGAAACCAUGCAGACUAGUAUCGCUGCUACUGCUGACCAGAGCUCGGAAGAGGUGGACGAGCAGGUCCAACGUGUGGGAGUGACAGCCACCAAGAUCUCGGGUGAAGCCCAAGACAGAGCUGAGAUGCUGGGGCUUAACCUGGCCAACCUACUGCUGAGCAAAGGAGCCAAGGAGAUCUUAACAGUGGCCAGGCAGCUUAAUGAUGCCAGGUAAUCCAUCUCCACUGAAGAGCGGGGCUGCACAGUUGGCUGGGUCCUUGGUUACAGUCAGUCAGAGUCUUGUGUCAAGUAAAACCUUGAUUUUUUUUUUUUUUAUUAUUUAAUGUUACACCUUUAAAAUGAGCAAAAUGGUGCCAUUUAUACCUUCUGCACCAGAUGAGCUCGGUCAGCAGUCAAUAAAUUGUUACUUGGACCAAUGAUGUUCUCAGUCUGAUAAAAUGUCUCCUGUCAAUAUCAGCUUGUUCAGAGUCACUGCCGUGUGCAGCACUCUUGGUCUUGGUUCAUUGUACUUCAUGGAGCUUUCCAAACCACCUAUGAUGAACAAUGGGAAGCAAAAAGUGGCCUUCAAACAGUAACACAAACCAACCCUCAGCACUCAGGCUACAUCUAUAUUACUACAAUUUUGUUUGAAAACAGUGUAACUGCACAACAGCUGUUAGCAAAAGCAACACGCUCCGCCACACUGAUAAUUGAUGAUUCGAUGCCCUAUGUUUUCUUCUGGAAGAGGGUCAUGUGAUGGGAGCCUGAUGAAUCAGAGGCCGAAAAGACAGAAUCAGCAAGUUGGUGUGUUUAUGUCGUUUCUAAACAUCUUUGUGUCUUUCUGGCCAGACUAAAACUCAACCCAAGAGUUUUCAAACUAAAACAGGGCCAGAACAGUUUUACAAACCUCUCGGUUUUGGAGGACCUAAAACUCUGCGGUAGUGUGGACACCCGGCGUAUCCAUAUCAGAGUUGAUGUGUUUUCACAUGAAAAUGUCAUAGUAUGGAUGUAGUCUUAGAGUACCAUCACUGGCUGAUGUCCUCAUGGUGAAACCCUGCAUUGUUUUUUAAAGCAUAUCAAUAUAGUAUCAGUGUCUCAGAAAAAUACAACAUUUUGUAUAUUUUUCCCCAAGGAUGUUUUAUCCGCGUCCAGUAUCGGUUUCCCCAAGCAGGUAGAAUAGGGUUGUUAAACCAGAGCUCCUCUCAUAGCUUUUAUCUGUUCUAGCUUUUGGAAAAAGAUGACUUGAUGGUACCAAAGACUUGUUUCCAAGCACAUGGGCACAUUUUCUGUGAUUUGUCUGGUAAUUAUCCACUGAAAUAUGGCUGGGAGGUUGUGAAAUGUAAAUAAAUAUGUAAUUUAAGUCAUUCAUUCAUCAGCUCUAAACUCCUUGGAGGUUGAUGACCUUCUUUUUUAAACUUCCACCUUCACAAGUUGAUCAGACCUCUUCCACUGGAGUGUUAAAGUAUUAUGUUUUAACAUGUAGGCUCCUUAAACAGAGGUUUUCUUUCUGCAUGAUCUUCAUUCAGCUCAUGUUGAUAGCAACAUUUUCAUCCAAGGAGGUUUACCAUGUUUUCAGAGUAUGCUGGCUACUAUAUAGAGAGAAUUUAUUUCAUAUACAUGACGAUAAGCAUUUUGUGACGCUAACAGCUUUGUCCCAAGUAUAUUUUUUUAUUUCAGUUUUGCUUAAUGAGUGGAGAAUCCAUGUUAAACUUUGGAGUUCAUCUGGUCUCUGUUUUCUUGCCUUUUAUUUUAAAUGCCCUCUGGGCUGUUGUGUAGUGUUACUUUGUCCUGUUUAUGCUCUGCUGAUAGCAUCUUCAAUCAAUGGUUGUAAUAUCUGUCACAGAUUAGGCAGCAAACUAGGUUUUAGCUGAGGUAUAACUGCUAGGUUGUUUGGUUAUAUAGGAGUAGAAUGAACUGUUUAAAAUGUGAAGGACACAGAAGCACAGCCAGUUAUAAGCUGUCAUGUGUUGGCUAUGGGGGAUACUCCUGUUGUGUAGAGUUAGUAAGCGAGACAGACCCUAUUUCAUUGAAAAUAAUGCACAAUAUUACAUUACAUUAUCAGUAUAUUACUGUUGUAUUGCCACAUUCUGAACACUGGCUCAAGGCUUGAUUAAAUUACAAUUAUGGACUCGGUCAUGUUGAUGGUACUAUGUUGUGCUGAAUUUUAAAGAAUCACACCUGCUUCACCUAACGUAAGAAAUUCAUUAAUUUUCACUUCAUUUUGACUGGUAAUAAUUACAUCUGUAUCUCCUGAGAUGGAUUUCAUAUUGAUGGUGUAUUUUUCUUGAGAUAAUCUCAGUUAUUAUACAUUGAAUAAUCAAUAAACUCAUACAUAUGUAAUCUGUAUCUAAACACCAAAAAGAUAUGUAUGCUGUCAUCCUGAGUUGCUAAAUCCUUAUUUCAACAUAGAUAUGCCAAUGCAUAUUUUGGUGAAUACAAUGCGUUUCUGUAUAGUUCAUCCAAACCUAUUAAAAAUGUUAGCAGUUUACAUGUUUUUGUACAAUUGAUGAAAACCUGAUGCUGUAGCAGAUUUCCAACCUGCUUAACCAUAAUAGGUUCCCUAAUGCAAUAAACGUAAAUUAUUUUUCAACUUUCCUAUAGCUUCUAUCAAAGUGCCAGCUGUCAUUUGUGCCUGAGUAAAGCUGCCUUACAGAACUGCAGAACUAAGAACUGUCUGUUUUUGCUCUAAAAUCACAGUAGAUCUUUAUUCUGCAGCCGUAAACCCACAGUCAGUGUGUUGUUGUAUAACUUUAUUUUUUAGGUCUUUAUUGUGUAUUAUACUUAAUUUAAACCUCCUGAGAAAGGUGGUAAUAUCUGCCAUAAUUAUUUUGCAGCUUUAAUUUCUGUAUGAGUUAACAUUGAAUGUUCUUUUAUUUAGAAUCUGUGUCACGGUAACAUGUUUUGACACUUAUGUGGAAGUCAUGUCAGAUUAGAAACACUGAUAUGUUAAUAAAGAUGUGUGUGUUAUACCUGA